CAUAGUGAAAUAUCCAUAGCAAAACACUCUCCUAAAUACACACACACACACACAUGCACAAUGUCUUCAUCUCAUCAUAACAACUUCUCAUUCUCUUCAAUGGCCAUAACCCUAGUUCUUGCCUUCGCAAUCCUCUUCGUUUCUCCAUCCGUAUCCACUUCCCGGACCUUACUCGAUCACCCCGAUGCGAAAACUGGCUUUCAGGUAACCCUAAAACACGUCGAUCACGGCGGGCAACUUCCACCCAAACUAGAGCUCCUACAACGUGCGAUGACGCGAGGAAGAAAGAGGAUCGAGAGGCUCCAUUCGAUGGCCCUAGCCUCAUCUGAUGCCACCAUCGAAGCACCCGUUCAUGCCGAACACGGCGACUUUCAGAUGGACCUGGCUAUCGGAACCCCGCCGGAAAACUACUCCGCCAUACUCGACACCGGAAGUGACUUAAUUUGGACACAAUGCCAGCCUUGCAAGGAUUGCUACCCCCAAUCAACCCCGAUUUUCGAUCCCUCGGAUUCAUUCACCUUCUCCAACGUUUCGUGCGCUAGCGAUGUCUGCAAGGCUCUCCCUGAGCCGUCUUGCAAUGCCAACUCGAAUUGCGAGUAUGAGUACGCUUACGGCGGUGGUGCGUUUACACGAGGCGUUAUGGCGACAGAAACAUUCACGUUCGGCAACGUUUCGGUCCCGGACAUAGCUUUCGGGUGUGGAAAUGACAACGAGGGCUACUUCGACAACGCCGCCGGGAUCGUCGGAAUGGGCCGGGGUGAAUUGUCAUUGGUUUCCCAGCUCAACGAACCCAAAUUCUCGUAUUGCCUACCAUCAUUUGGCUCGACCAAGACUAGCACCCUCUUGAUUGGGUCUCAAGCAAAUUAUCAAAUCAACGAAACAACCCCAAUGAUCAGAAACCCUAAAAUCCCUUCUUUCUACUAUCUUUCACUCGAAGGGAUAACUAUCGGCGACAAACUUUUGCCAAUCGAUCCAUCAAAUUUCGCACUAGGAAAAAAUGGGAGUGGGGGGAUGAUAAUCGACUCGGGCACGACUUUCACUUAUCUCGAGCAUACCGCUUUCGAUAUAGUCAAGAACGAGUUGAUCAAGCAGAUAAAGUUGCCGGUGGUCGAUCUGAGAGAGACCGGCCUCGAUUUGUGCUUUAACAUAACGUCCGUGGGCCCCGAUUUCAAGGUGCCUAAGUUCGUUUUCCAUUUCGAAGGUGCCGAUUUGGAGUUGCCACGCGAGAAUUACAUUAUUGCUGAUUCGAGUGGUACUGUGGCUUGUUUUACUAUGGCAAGUUCACAUGGGAUGUCCUUAUUUGGUAAUGUGCAACAACAGAAUAUUCUAGUGAUCUAUGAUCUUGCUAAAGAGACUAUCUCGUUUGUACCUACUCAGUGUGACAAGUUGUGAAAAUAAUAUUAAUUACAAUUUAAAUAAAAGAAAUUCAUUUCGUUUA